CCCCAGAUGCCACCUUGUACUUCGACGUUGUCAUGCUGGACAUCUGGAACAAGAACGACAAACUGCAGAUCACCACCCUGUCCAAACCAGAGCGCUGCAACCGCACGGUGGAGAACUCGGAUUUCGUGCGGUACCACUACAACGGCACGCUGCUGGAUGGCACUCCCUUCGACUCCAGCUACAGCAAGAACAGCACCUACGACACCUACGUGGGCACCGGCUGGCUGAUCAAGGGCAUGGACCAGGGGCUGCUGGGCAUGUGCGCCGGGGAGAAGAGGAGCAUCAUCAUCCCCCCGUUCCUUGCCUACGGGGAGAAGGGCUACGGGACCACGAUCCCACCGCAGGCAUCACUGGUGUUCAGUGUGCUGCUGGUGGACUUCCAUAACCCCAAGGACGGCAUCUUCCUGGAGCACCUGGAGGUGCCGGAGUCCUGCAAGCGCAGGGCUGUGACCGGGGACUUUGUCCGCUACCACUACAAUGGCAC